AUGAUGAAACAAAUUGUGGUUCUGAUAUUUAUUGUGUUUAUUUCUAUGAUUGAUUCUGUUACUAUUGGAAAACGAAUACAAAUUCCCGAUAAGGAUCAAAGUUUGAGGGUUAGUUUUUUUUUGUUUUAGAAAAAUUAUCUACAAAAUUAUUCCGUUUCAACUUUAAAAAAAUGAAGUCAGGUUUUUUUUUUGAAACUUGAACUGGAUUUAUAUUUCUUCUUGUCAACUAGGCUAUUCAUUUUUUUUUGAAUAUUUUUUCGACAGAAACUGAAAAAGUUAUUCAUAAGAGUUCCAAAAAAUCGAAAACCAAACUAUGAAAAAUCGAAAAUAUUGACUCAUUGUUUGAUUUCUGCCGUUUUAUUGACCUUUUUCAAAAAACAAAAUUCAUAUGUUUUCCUCCUGAUUUUCUCCAGACAACUAUAAAUAAACUUUUUUCAGAAUCUCGUUUACAAAGUCGGACUUCCAAAAGCAAAUGCACAAAUUCAUGAUUCGGUUCUUUGGGUUCCUGGAACAACACAAUUCUCAGCGCAACGAAUUACAGUAAUCCAACAAAAUAAACCAUACAGUACUUGGCAUUUUGAUAUGUUGUUAGAGAAGAGCAAUUGUGCAGUUAAGGUAUUUUUUUGAAUUUUGAAAAAUGAGGAGGGUAAUGAAAUUAGUUCCGAAUAAAAAAUUACCCAAAACGAGUUCCGCCGUAAUUUUCGGAUAUUUAAAAAAAUCAUCUCCCAAAAUAAAAAUCAUAAAAGUAAAAAAUAUUCCAGACAACUCCUUUGACUGAUUUGCCUGGUUGCAAAGCUGUGGAUACGAGUGUAAAAGUGGUAGGCUUACACUAUUUUUUGCUAUAUUGAAUUUUUGUACGAUUGUUUUCCAGUUGUGCAUUGCUGAUGUUUCUUUAUUCGAUGGCGACUAUUCUUCAGCUGAAUCAGAAGUUCGAUGUUCUCGACAAUAA